AGACAGCUAUUUAGAGAAAUGGGAGGACAUUAGAGCGAGAGACAGGUAUGUAGAGAAACGGAGAACGGAGAGAGAGACAGACAAACAGAAGCACCGUGAGCGACAGACAAACGGAGAGAGAGCAGACAGACAAACGGAGAGAGUUGACCCCAGCUGCACCUGAUUGCGUUUCAAAGAUAUGAUUGUGAGCUGUGGUGUCCCGUGAACGAGCGCUUUGAGCUGCAUCGACCGCCCGCAUCAUAGCGACAUGACGGCCUCCACUAAGCUCCUUGAUGAGUUGUGUCACCUGUCGGUGCAGUCGAUGACCUCGCUGGAGACCGAGGACCACUUCCGGGUCGUUAAGCUGCUGGGGGAGGGGUCAUACGGCAAGGUCAUGCUGGUGGUUCAUAAGAAGACAGGCUCCCCCAUGGCCCUGAAGUACUUCCUGCGGGCGUCGACCUCGCUCUUCUCCUUCCUGCGGGAAUACAACCUGUCGCUGGCGUUCUGCGCCCACCCCUCGCUGACCCGCGCCCUCGGCAUCGCCUACCGGACCCCCACCCACUAUGUCUUCGCCCAGCAGGUGGGCCUCCACGGAGACCUGUACGACCUCAUCGUCCCAGAGGGGGGCGUGGAGGAAGGCUCCGUCCAGAGGGUGGUCUCUCAGCUGAGUGGGGCUCUGGCCCACCUCCACGCCCACGGCCUGGUCCACCGCGACCUGAAGCCGGAGAACGUCUUCCUCUGCGACCCCGCCGGCAGCUGGGUGAAGCUGGGGGACUUCGGCAUGGUGAAGGCGGUGGGCAGCCGCAUCCAGGAGGUCUGGUACAGCUCCGCCUACUGCCCCCCCGAGGCCCAGGGCGCCCGGCGGGGGGGGGCUGGAGCGCCGCUGUGGGUGGCGGCCGACCCCAGCGUGGACUGCUGGGCCCUCGGCAUCCUGACCUACGCCCUGCUCACCGGCGCCCUGCCCUGGGCCGAGACCGCCUGCUGCAACCCGUCCUACCGCCGCUACAGGGACUGGGUCUGCCGCCACCGCUGCGGGCCCAGCCCCCCCGUGGCCCCCCAGUUCCGCGGCUUCACCCCCUUGGCCUGCUCCCUGUUCCGGGCCCUUCUGGACCCGCGGCCCAGGCUCCGGGGGAGGCCGGGCGACGCCCUGGCCUUCCUGGGGGAGGAGUGGCUGAGGGGGGAGGAGCGGAGCCGGCUGGAGGCGGAGAGGAAGAGGAGGAGGAGCGGGGGGGAGGCACUCAGAACCUUGAGUCACCAAACAUCCCAUAAUGACAGCGAGGUGUUAGCGGAGCUUAAUGAGGCUAGCAGAAAAGAAGCCAGCGGUCAGCUAGAACUUAGAUCCAAGAUGGCCGCUAGGAGCAGGGCCUCAGCUCUGUGAUUCCUGGGCUGGACACGCCCACUUGUGAUGUAACAAGUGGAGUACAGUGACAUCACAACAUCACACCUCUUGGUAAAACAGGCGACCUUUGACCUAUUAAAUAAAAGGUUUUGUCCGAUGAUUGUGGAAGAAAUAUCACAAAUAUUAACUGCUGUUCAGCCUUGUAUGGCUUUAGUAAAAUGUGUAAAACAUUGA